AUGCCUAAAUUUAAUGGUUGUUUUUCUAAAAUCUUCUCUAUCUUUAAAUCAUCGUCACGGAAAGGAAAAUCCAAUCAUAGUAAUAAAGUUGGUGAAAAUAUAACGAUGUCUGGUGAAUUUGGGUUUCCUCAAAAUGAAUGGUUUUAUAUAAAAUCUCAAAUUAAUGGACAUGUCCUUGAGCCUCAGAGUCUUUCAGUAAAUUCUGGCGUUAGAAUAAUUGUUUCUAAGCAAAGAUUCGGUUUUGAUGCUGACAGUCAGCUUUGGAAAUGUGAUAAUGGAUUCAUUAUUAACAGAGCUUCAGGAAAAGUGUUGGAUAUUCAAGGAGGUCAUAUUCGCACGUUUCAUCGAACACACAUAUGUCAAUUUGAUCAAAAACCAUUAAGUGAGGCACAAAACCAACGUUGGGCCUAUUUGCCCGAAGGCUACAUCUGUCCUUUGAAUGAUAACGAAUACGUAUUGCAUGUAAGCGGCCACUUUGGUAUCGAGAAACUUGAAGGUGCUGAUGUCUUGUUACGUCAUAUCAAGGAUCACGAAAGUCAUAAACAAAAAUGGAUUUUUGAAAAAGAACAUGAUCAGCCCGUAAUUAUGGCGCCUCCAAUACCAAAUGACCUGACGCCUACAGUGCUAAAAAAAGCUUUUUAUGCUAAUGAUAAU